AUGAGGUUCAAUCUAGAAAUAUUAUCCAGUAAACUCAGUUUUCCACAUCUUUUAAGGACAGAAUACGAAAUCAGAACAUCGGCGAUUUGCAAAAUAAAAAGUGGUGUUACAGUACGAUCCGAUAAGCGUUAUUGUCUUCUCCUUCUUUUGAUCAUGUCCCUUUUCGUUUUCUGUGUCGUUUGCCUUAGUGAUGUGAUAUUCAUAGAUUUUAAUAGCCAGAAGCAGCAGCAGCAAAAAGGAAGUCCAAUUGACGAGAGUGGGACUCGAACCCACGCCUCCGAAGAGACUGGUGCCUUAAACCAGCGCCUUAGACCGCUCGGCCAUCUCGCCUUCGCAUACAUUCCUCACCUUGUGCAAUAUUUUGAUCAGAAUGGGACUUAA